CUCUGCCUGUACUGAAGGCUUGGCCGUGGUGUUUAGGGAUCGGGUAUUAUUAUAUUGUCAACAAGAUUUUUCUUCCACUCAGGUUCUUGUGAACGGCAAAGAGAACGGGGGGUCGUCACGGGUUGAUUAUUUGCUCGAGGGAGCAAAGCGAGAGGUGGUUUCUCUUUUUUCUCUUUCUAUAAUAUGACCACGAGGUAUAGAUCACAGUGCAAUAGUGGUGGCGACUGGAGGUAACUACAGUUUGGAGUUGUGGGGUUGUUGAUUUUUUUGUAAACCAGUUUGAAACAAGAAGUGCGAGUGUUGUGAUUUCUGAUGUGUUCAAAACUUGGAAUAUUAUGAGAUAAGAUGAGCCCCCCGCCACCCUGGACUCCGGCUACAAGGUACUUCUGACCCUUGGCAUUGUGGUGUCGGCCUUUUUGAUCGGCGCCGUGGUGGCCAAGCUGGUCAGUAACUGGUACAACAACCGCAAACAGGAGAAGGCCAAGAAGGCGCAGCUGGACCAACAUGCCAAAGACAUGGUCCGAGCCAGACUGGCCAUAAUGCAGUUCAAGAGGCAGCGCUUGCCCAAGGCGCCGUCCCAGGAAGAGCUGGCAAGGCGGAGGAACCUUGGGAUCUGGAGUUAUAACGGCGGGACGUCCAUCGGUCCUCUUCAACCAGGGAAAGCCUCACCCAGGAAGAAACAAAAACGUGGGAGCAAUCAAGCCAGCACCAAUGGGAACAACCGGGAGACAGGCGACAGUGAACCAAACACCAUGAGGAUCGAAGAGGCGACGGAGGAAGAAAGUACAACGGACCCAGAAAAGGGAGGUGAUCUAAGAAAAGAGCCUACCAAAAAUGCUGACGGAGAUAAAAGCAAAAAUACCGGCAGCCGCCGCCCCCCUCCUCUGACCCAGUUAGAGCUCGUGUCGGAGGUGAACAAAGCACCCGUCGUGAAAUUCGAGGAAAAGUCACAGGGAAAAAAAUUCUCAAUAGACAGCUCCCGCUCCACAAUGUCCUCCAAUCUUGAUGACGUCACUCUAAAAAAUUCUAAGUCUGAGCCGUCGUUGGACGACAAUGCCAAUUCUAUUGAUAUGUCUAGGCCGUCCAGCCAGGGUACAGAAUCUGUGUCUCCAACAAACAUGGAGCGAGAAUCGAAACGGCCGGGGUCAAGUCGGAAAUUGUUCACCCACGUGACUCCAAACGUGCACCUUUCUCGAAAUGACAGCUCGAGAUUCUCGAAAGACAGUAGUGAUUUAAACAGUGUGAAGAGUUUAGGUAAUGAGAAAGUAACUCGAAUUUCAACUGACAACCGCCCGAAAUCGAGCGCAACAAAGACUCUACAUGGGAAGACGGUCAAGUCAUCAAUAACUGGGUCCGUGACAGAAAGAAAUUCGAGGCAUUCAGCGCCAAAUCCGAAGUCAGUCAAACCAAUUACAGGUGUCAAAACAUAAAGACAAUUCAGUUUGUAUGUCAUAAAAACUGUGUCAAAGGAAAGGUCGCUCCUAAAAGUCCCCAGAUAAAAACCCAGCGACGACCAGGUAGAUAAAUUCAUCUAAAUCCUAUUUGUACGACAUAUUAUUAUUCACUCUGGGUUAGCCGCUCCUUUAGACAAAAGCAGAUUUUUGUUUUCGUUGAGAUGAAGAGCACUUGCUUUCAGAGGGCAGUAGAGUACGCUGUAGAGUGUAUCAGAGCGCAGAAGCUGCCUGCAUACAGUUAGGUCAUUAAGGAGAUGGGGCACUUAGCCUAAUCAUGGGAGAAAAUAAAAAAGAAGGAAAGAAAUACGAGAGAGCGACUAUUGACCAAAGACAGCAUCACGCAGGGUGUGCUAAGCACAAAAUAUCACGUUCAUGCGUACAAAGCAUUAUACUACCCCUAUGGAGGUACACAAGCCAUCACAGUAACUUCAAUAAAGGCUACAUCUUUCGAAGAUACAGUUUCAGCCCCUUAUGGCACACAUACAUCGGUGAUUCCACACACGUUCCUACCUGACACCAUCCAAGUAAAUUCCAUAAUCUGCCGAUUUCUUCGCCAGCAACAGGAACGAAGGGAAAUACGGCAAAGUCAAUAAUACUAUUCUUGAGACACAAUGUACAUCAUAACACGAUGUCUCGCAGGCAUCCGUGGAAAUCAGCCUCAUGUCCCCAAAAACAAGACUUGGACGCCCUACGGGUUUCCGAGGAGCUGAACCUCCUGUUGGUAAACAGUGAGUCUUAGUCUUCAAAAUCAAGGAAUUUUCGCCAUAUAAAACUAUUUAUAGAAAUAAUUUUUAACAAUGACCCUUUUUGGUUCAAUUUUAAUUAUCGAAUUUUGUUAUUUGUUUUUGUGCGUCGUUUUUCGGGGGUCCUUCUUUUUUUGUGAAAGACUGCUUUAAUGAUCACUUUGACAAUUUUUACUGGCGUGUGAUACCACCGAUAAGACUGACACAAAACAAUCUUCACUUGCACAUUUGACUCCCAAUACACGCCCCGAUUCUUCUACUUCUAGAGUCUACAUUCAUUGCCUAUACUUUCAACACUUGUGUCACUUUUCCAGGAUAAACGUGGACCUUCCUUAAGACAUUGAUUGAAGUGUAGUCAUCCACCAAAAUCCUAUCAACAUUCAUGAUUACUUUUGUCUGUUCAUGUAAAUGGCAAUCAUUGAUCUCUUUUAAUAGCUGCUCACCCCCAUCUCCUCCUCCCCCCCCCCCCCCCCCCUGGUCAAUAUUCACGCCUCACCUUUUUUUCUUAUUUCUGUAUCUAGACAAACGUAUCUUCAUGACAAUGCAUGUUUUCAAUGAUGGUUUGAUUGUAGUUUUUUGGUGCAUAUGUUUUCGUGCAAAAGAUAAUAAAUUUGUUGCUUCCAUUUCACAAA